AUGUGGGGUUGGAGCCAUGUUAGUGGGACAGAGCUACAAGAGCUUCUGAGCAAUCAAGACUACACACUCGUUGCUUUUAUUGGAGUAAGUUUCCCUUCAUUAGUCUUAGACCUUGACAUUGUUAAGAACAUGACUAAAUGGAUGGAGGUCACCAGUCAAAAUUGUAUCGCUCAGGGGGUGAAGUGUAUGAACAUUACAGAGGGCCUCGACUCGCCAGCAACGUUCGUGAAGCGCUCUCUACGACCAGCAGUCUCCGGUCUUGGGGCAGAAAAUGUUACCGAUUUCAGCUCGACCGACGACUACGUCUUCAUCCUCCACCUGACGGACGCAGACGCGGGCAAGGGCCUCUAUAAGCGCUUCCACGAUUUGGCAACGAUGUUUAGAGACCGUUACUCUUUUGGUGUUGUCCCGGCAAAGGAACAAGGCGGAGCUUCUACUCUCGAAUGCUACAAUAGUCCGGAUGAGGUACAAAGGUCGACUCAGAACCUUGUUGACGACUUCAACUCGUUAAAGGGCUUCUUUGAGAUAUGCACCAGCCGCAUGAUUCCAGAGAUGACGCGUGAAAACAAAAAGUACUUUACGGAGGGCACAGGAAACGUUUUGUACUACUUCGGUUCUCACUCCGACGACCGCGAGAGAUUUUCGUCAAGUCUGCGAGAAACGGUUAGGAAACACAUCAAGGACCUUGAGUUUGUUACCGUCGACCCCGUGGCCUUCCCGGAAGUUCCGGCGAAUAUAGGUCUGAAGUGGAAUUUUCCCGCAAUAGCCUUACAGGACAAAAGCAGAGGCCUAGUGUUUCCCUCGGAGAAAAACGACUACAUCACUCCCAGCAUGGUUGAGAACUCUCUUCGAUCCUUCAAGGAUGGCAAUACCAGCCCCUCGCUCUGGGACCCUGUUGAGAUAGGCACAAAAGACGAGGACUUGGGUGUGGAAACAAGUAACGAGGAGGUGGCAACUCAUGAUGAGCUCUGA